AUGGAUUAUAAUCAUCACUCUGCUGCGAACCAGCCACACCCCACACUCCAGAACCAGCAGCACCCGUACCAGUACCAUGGCGCGCAGCAUGCAAUGGGUAAUGCUGGCCCGUCACCGUCAAUGCACCAGCAAGGCCAGAUGCCACGAGGUGGCCCUCAGCAAUUCUACCAGCAGAACCUUCCUUACUCCCAGGGCCAUCCGCAUACACAGAUCAGUCCCACAGCGCCUGGAGCGCCAGCCCAGAAGUUUGCGCAAAACAUAGGUCUACAAACAUCCUCGCCGCAAACCCACGCCUCAAUCUACUCAACCACCCCGCAAACCUCACAGCCUCCACUACCACCUCCUCCUCCUCCUCAAUCCGACUCCAAUCAGCCUUCGCCAAUGGCCGCACCAACAUCUACACAGCCGCUCGCGCAGCAAGGCGCGCCUGUCCAGACGAGACCAGUCCCCCAAUCGCCCAUCACGCCAGAGGGACAAGCGAAAGAGCGAGAGCGAAUGACGCUGUUACUAGACAUCAACUCGGAGCUACUGCAAGAGCUGUCCAUUCUACAGAGCCAGGGCAAAGGCGGUGCAGGUGGUGGCACAGACGGCCCUGUUGGACCAGGAGGUGGCAUGAAACCAGACGGCCAGCAACAGGCGUCCAAAGACUAUCUCGAGCUUCUCCGUCGACUCCAGUCCAACCUCGCCUACCAAGCCUCCACGGCCGAGCGAUAUGGCGGUAAAGUGGGACAAGUCCAGCCCGGGCCCGCGAUCAUGACAGCGCCUGCGUCACCCCCUGCCCUGAAAGAGAUGUACGCGCGCCUACAAGCCCUGUUCCCGGGCUGGAAGGGCUCGCAGACGGUCAAGAACUCGCCGGGACCACAGCAGCGACAAAACCUCCCACAAGGACACGGUGCUGGACCCCCGACCGCUCCAGGAAUGCAAUAA